AUGAUUUUGACGUGGUACACAGCCACUUUAGGAAAUAUUAACGAAAUAGAAAGAAGUGAUAAAAUAUAUCACGUCUCUUUGAAAGAAGACAAUUCCAUAACUUUACACUGGACCUUGGAUUAUGGUAGAGAAACUAUAAUUUUUGAAAUUCACCUUCCGAUGGGUUAUGGAUGGUUUGCUCUUGGAUUUUCUGAUAGAGGCGAAAUGUUUCCAGCAGAUUACUGUUUGCUGUGGGAAAAUUUACAAGGAAAAUUAUCGUUUCAGGACAUAUUCUCAAAAGACGAUGGUGUGGUACAUUUGGACAAACAACAAGACUGUAACAGAUUCCGGAUCAAAAGAAGAGGUGGCACAACUAAAUUCACUUUCGAAAGAAAAUUUGAUACAUGCGAUAGAAUGGAUUACAUCAUUGAGGAUGGAACAACCCACGUAGUAUGGUCAAGAGGACAGCACAAAUUGUAUCAAGUGAACGGUUUGAACAUAAGUUCUUCUACAGAAGAUCAUGGAAUGGUUAGGGUACAUCUGUUGAAAAAUGAUGAUGUGAGCACGGAUCUCCCAUCUCACGUGAAGAUUAUGGAUAUUGUUACUGACAAAGUUGAAGUACCUAACGAAGAAACAACAUACUGGUGCCAUGUUUAUAGACUCCCAGAGGAAUAUAAGGAUAAACACCAUAUAUAUCAAUAUGAAUCCAACAUUCAAGAAUCAAGUCAAGGAACAGUUCACCACAUGGAAGUAUUUCACUGUGAAGCUGCCGCAAAUGAAGAUAUUCCAUUAUAUGUAGGAAAUUGUUUCGCCAAAGACAGGCCACCCAAAACACAAGUUUGUAAAAGAGUCUUGGCUGCAUGGGCUAUGGGUGCACCUCCAUUUAUCUACCCUGAGGAAGCAGCUCUUCCUAUAGGAGGUGAUAAUUUUAAUCCACAUAUAAUGUUGGAGGUACACUAUAAUAAUCCAGAAAGAAGAGGAGAUUUGAUAGACAGUUCUGGCAUUCGGUUCCAUGUCUCUAAAGAAUUAAAACAAAUGGAUGCUGGCGUGAUUGAACUGGGAUUGGAAUACACAGACAAAAUGGCUAUUCCACCAGGACAGGAGUCAUUUUCGUUAAUCGGCUAUUGCACAAGUGCCUGUACGGCUAUGAGUUUGCCACCCAAAGGUAUAACCAUCUUCGGAUCCCAACUUCACACUCACCUGACCGGCAUUAGAGUGUUCACAAGGCAUAUUGACGAAUAUGGAAGGGAGUUACCAGAACUGAACAGGGAUAAUCACUACAGCACACACUUCCAAGAAAUCAGACGUCUGAAAAAUCCUGUGAAAGUCCUGCCCGGUCACAGUUUGAUCACUCAAUGUGACUACAGUACAAAAUAUUUGGAAAACGUGACAUUCGGCGGAUUCAGCAUCAGUGACGAAAUGUGUGUGAACUACGUCCACUAUUUUCCUCACACAGAUUUGGAGGUUUGCAAAAGCUCCAUAAGCGACCAAGCUUUGAAAACUUAUUUCAGAUAUAUGAAUGAGUAAGUAUUCC